GGGUAAAUUGGAAUCACCAGAGUCCAGAAAAUCAAAGAGGGGAAAAAAAAAAAACUGCAAAAGAAAUUCUUUGUUGUUCUUCAUCCUUCUUCAAGGUUUCAUCUCUCUUAAAAGUAAGAAUAUAAACAGUAUUUCGGAACAAGUUUUAAGGGAAUACAGAAAUAGAAAUGGCCUUGGAGACUUGUUUUCAAGUUAGCACCAUGACUGCCACUACUAGAGCUUGUGUUCUAAAUGCUCACCACUCAUUUGUCUCCAAGGAGAAGUUCAAUUUGCCAACAUGUAAGGGAUUGAAGCUCUCUGCAAUCUCUCGUUUAUCAUCAUCAACUUCUUCUUCUUCUUGGCCCUCCUCUUUAUCUCCUGUCGAUCACAGAUGCCUCAGAUCCCGCAUUGUCUGCAAAGCCCGAGAAGCCGUGGAUGAAGUUCUGGUGGUGACAGAAACAACCUGGGAAAAUGAAGUCAUUGCAAGUGAGAGGCCAGCUCUGGUGGAGUUCUGGGCACCUUGGUGUGGACCUUGCCGGAUGAUUGCACCAGUGAUAGAGGACUUGGCGAAGACGUAUGCGGGCAAGAUUGUUUGUUACAAGGUUAACACCGAUGAUUGUCCCAACAUUGCCACCAAGUACGGCAUCCGGAGCAUCCCGACUGUGUUAUUCUUCAAGAACGGAGAGAAGAAAGAGAGUGUUAUUGGUGCAGUGCCACUCUCUACUUUAACUGCUGCUAUAGAGAAAUAUUUGGAUUCAUGAAGAUGGAUUAAGAACCCUAUUAUGGAAAACAAUUAUCAAAUCAUCAAGUAUUGUAGUCCAUGAUGAUUUCCUGAAUUUCUUUCUGUAUAUCUGUAAUCAAUUACAAUGAAGUAGUAGUACUACUUCUGUGAUUAUAUAUAUUUGGAAAUAUAAUCGAAUCAUCAAGUAGCUUUGUUAUUUGAUUAAA